GCUGCCCGGGGGGCCAGCCUCUCCCCUCCCGCGGGAUGUGCUCUCUCCAGCCCCCUGCACGGCCCUUUCUCGCUCUGCUGCUUCUGGUUUCCAUCAAACAAAUUUCAGGAUCUCUCAUUCAGGAGACAACUCGAAAGUGGGCUCAGUACAAAGAGAAGUGCCUGAGAGACUUACUCAAAGAACCUUCUGGCAUAUUUUGUAAUGGAACCUUUGACCGGUUUAUAUGCUGGCCUCAUUCUUCUCCGGGAAAUGUCUCUGUUCCCUGCCCUUCAUACUUACCUGGGUGGCGUGAAGAGGACUCAGGAAGGGCCUACCGGUACUGCUUGGCUCGGGGCACUUGGCUGACGCGGGAGAAUUCCACAGUUAUUUGGCAGAAUGACUCCGAAUGCACUAAGAACCACAGCUUCAAAGAAAACGUGGAACACCAUGGCUUGCUGACAACCUUGCAGCUGCUCUACACCGUGGGCUAUUCGCUCUCCAUCGUCGCCCUCCUCCUGGCUCUCACGGUCCUCUUGUGUCUUCGAAAACUCCACUGCACACGCUACUACAUCCACAUGAACUUGUUUGCUUCUUUCAUCCUGCGAGGCGUGGCCGUGCUGGUGAAGGAUGUCAUCUCACACAACUCUUACUCCAAGAGACCCAACAGCGAGGAGGCGUGGACAUCCUUCCUGUCAGAGCUCUCCGCCGCCUCCUGCCGCGCCGCCCAGGUCCUGCUGCACUACUUCGUGGGGGCCAAUUCCUCCUGGCUCCUGGUGGAAGGCCUUUACCUCCACAAGCUGCUGGAGCCCACGUUGCUUAUUGGAAGGCGGCUGUGGCCCAGAUACCUGCUCGUGGGUUGGGCCUUCCCGCUGCUGUUCGUUGUGCCCUGGAGCAUCGCCCGUGUGCAGCUGGAGAACACAGGGUGCUGGGGAAAGAACAAGAAUAAGAAAAUCUGGUGGAUCAUCCGAGGACCCAUGCUCCUCUGUGUGGCGGUCAAUUUCCUCAUCUUCCUGAAAAUUCUCAAACUUCUCAUUUCUAAGUUCAAAGCCCAUCAAAUGUGCUUCCGAGACUAUAAAUACAGGUUGGCAAAAUCAACGCUGGUUCUCAUUCCUCUACUGGGUGUUCAUGAGAUUAUCUUCUCUUUUGUGACUGAUGAUCAAAUCGAAGGAUUUUCAAAACUUAUACGACUCUUCAUUCAGUUGACACUGAGCUCCUUCCAUGGGCUGCUUGUGGCCUUGCAGUAUUGCUUUGCCAAUGGAGAGGUGAAGGCCGAGCUGCGGCGGCACUGGGUCCGCUUCCUGCUAGCCCACCAGUCGGGCUGCAGAGCCUGGGUCCUAGAGAACUUCCGGUUCCUGGGGAUUUGUCCCAAGAAGCUCUCCAAGGGAGACGGUGCCAGGUCCCUGCAGCGGCCACAGUCCUCACCUGGUGGCGGGCAGCUCCUGCUGCUGACCACGAAGGGCCCACAGGAGCCCAGCGCCCAGUCUCAGAGGGGCCGCAGAGCCUGGCCCUGGGGCAGCAGCCUGUCCGAGAGCAGCGAGGGAGACUGCACCCUGGCCCACACCGUGGAGGAGAUUCUCGAGGAGAGCGAGACCUAG